CAACGAUGCCCGUGGAAGCGGGCCCUGCGCGCCUGGUGCGCUCCGCUCAAAAAGAUGAAGUGUACCGAGGGGCGUUGAAGAGCGGAGCGGGGGCUGCUCUGGGGGGACUAGCUGGUGCUAAAACCUGGCUGGAAUGGCAGAAGGAAAUCGAGCUGCUGGCCGAUGUGAGCUAUUUCACCCUGACUACACUUUCAGGUUACCAAACCCUUGGAGAAGAAUACGUCAACAUUAUUCAAGUAGACCCAUCUGGGAAAAGAAUCCCUUCUUUAUUUCGACGGGCCGUCCUGAUCUCGCUGCACACCAUCUUGCCUUACUUGUUAGACAAGGGCUUGGUCCACCUGGAACAUGAACUUCAGACAGAACCCGAUGGGACACCGGCUGUGCAAAUACCCUCCCCCUCUAGACUGCGAGGCAGGACUUUCGUGCGGAGCUGGUUGCGAAACCAGCUGGGCGGCUUGACCGAGCAGCAGAGGAAACUGCUUUCUUGGGCGGUCUACCUCCUGAGGCACGGCAUCCCUCUUCUCCGUCGGCUGCACCUGGCCAUCUUCUACCUGAACAGCGUCUUCUACCACAUGUCUAAAAGGAUAGCGGGGAUCACGUAUCUGCGCUUUGCAGGAUGGGCAGGAGAUGACCAGAACAUUCGAUCAAAUUACAGACUCCUUGGGAUCAUUUCUCUUCUGCAUCUGGUGCUGACCAUCGGUACCCAAGCCUACAGCUUCCAGCAGAGACAAAGGGCGAGACAGGAAUGGAAACUACACCGUAACCUUUCCUAUCAGAAAAUCCCGCCCGAAGAGAAACUUCUGGCCCGCAGUUCCCGCUGCACUCUGUGCUUAGAAGAGCGGCGCCACACCACCGCCACGCCAUGUGGCCACCUCUUCUGCUGGGAAUGCAUCACGGAGUGGUGCAACACUAAGGCUGAGUGCCCGCUCUGCAGAGAGAAAUUCCAGCCACAGAAGCUGAUCUAUCUGCGCCACUAUCGAUAACGGCCGGCUGGCUGUCAGGCUGCAGAGCAUCGGGAGCCAACAAAACCGCUACAGCUUUUGACCAAGUGCAAGACUUUAUUAUUAUUAAAUUGUGAAAACUAAGCUGUCAAAACACUUGAGUUUCAUGGCCUACGCAGCUGUCAAGUUACAAAUAAAGUCCUUUUGUAUGUUUGGGGAGGGGUUUUUCCUUUGCCUGAAACAAAUUGAGGAGCAUUCUAAGCUGUUCCCGGCGUCUUCUAACCCCACCGAUUAUGUUUUAUCUUUCCGAGCCUCUGAUGCAGCGUAAGAGACCAGGACUCUUCGCUAUUCAUAGCAACGUUCUAGCAUCUAGGGGGGUUUACGGACUCACCCUAGACUUUUGACUCAGUGGACGUUUCCCCCAGCCUGUGUUGUUUUCAUAACCACAAAUGCUUUUAAUGUUUCAGGAAUUCAGAUCUGGAUAAUCUCGAGCUGCUUAAAGAGCGGAACAUCUUAGUUUUGAUGCAGGCAGACGUAGGAAAGGUGGCAAAGGCAACAGCCGGCUUGCGUAAGGAAAGCAAGCAGACUCUCACCAGCCUGACUUUUUCUGCAUCGUCCAUUCAGUCCUCCAGUACCCCAAUGCCAGAUCAUUCAAAGGGAAGUGAUUCAACUCAUUACAGGCUACAGAAAACCUCUCGCCUUUCUACCUCUUUCCUUGUUAACAUCACAAACUGAAGUCCCCACUGCAAACAUUCUCAUACCAUCCACAAAUCUGGUUUUUGGCUAAUUUUGUAACACAGGACAGUACGCUUAAGGUCUUGACUGCAGACACCUCAGGGUAACUAAGCUCCAUUGGUCUUGCUUUGAAGAACGAGAUGUUUAACUGGGAGGUACUUCCUUAGUCUAGUCUGCUGUAUACCAUUUUGGAGUUCAGGGUUUUGUUUUUGAAAAAGUUUCCAGAACACUUGUUAGAACUCACCAGACAAAAAUACCCUUUAAUUUUUCAAUAAUGCUGAAAAGGAGUGGGGGAAUCUAACUUUUAUGGCACUGGAAUUUCAGGUUUAUCACCACUCUGCCAAAUACAGAGAAACAUUUUUUGAAAGCUGUCUGUAGCAAGCAGCUUCCAUUACUUCCAGAGUUAUCUUCAUACAGUAGUGCAAAGGAUUUUAACAGAUAUCGCUCAAAUACAUUAUUCUACAAGAUCUGAGAAAAGAGGGGAGGGAUAAUAUUAACACUUCGCUCCUUCAAGUUGGUUUUAUGAAGACUCCUGGACCCAAAAGAGGGGACACAGUCUUUUUAAUAAAGUUUGGAAUUUAAAAAGUCACUUAAUAAAAUCUGCCAAUCGCUGUAUCACAUUAAAAAAAAAAAGUUUUACAUGCAGGUAAUUUGUUUUAUUUUCCCAUAGAAAAUUAAAUGCUGUGUUAAAACCCACAAAAUCCUGUCUGCCGUGGCCAAGUCUUUGCUGUAUCUUGGAGGGCAGCUACAUGAAGCAAACUUAAGUUAAUAAAAAAAAAUCUUUUUAAGUAUCAAAGAAAUGUCAAAAUUCUUCUCCACCUAAUAAUUAUAUA